AUGAGCAACGUCCCAAUUCGAGUCGAUGGCAGAUUUAGGCUGGGGGAUAUUUUAGGAUCCGGCUCGUAUGGUGUUGUUUACCGUGCACGGAACAUUAUCAAUGACGAUGAACUUGCCGUCAAACUUGAGCCCCUGAUCAACAAUUCAUCUUCUCUAGAACAUGAAUAUCACAUUUUGAAACAACUUGAAGGUGGAGUUGGGAUUCCACGUGCUGUGUGGUUUGGUAGAGAGGCAGCACAUGAUGCUCUAGUUCUCGAUCUCCUCGGGCCAUCACUACACGAUCUUUUCCUCAAGCACAAUCGAAAAUUCAGCCUUCGUACCAUCCUGAAUUUUGGGGACCAACUGCUCUUGUCUCUGGAGCAUAUCCACUCACGCAACUACAUGCAUGGUGACAUUAAGCUGCAAAAUGUCUUAGUCAGUCAUGGCGCUUCAAAGAACACUGUCUUUAUUGUUGAUUUCAGUAUCGCGAAGGAGUACUGGAACUCUGCAGCACAAUCCCACAUGCCAUUUCGUCAAGGUCGAUGUCUUACUGGCACGCCUGCAUUUGCGUCAAUAAACAACCACCUAGGAGUCGUGCCUGGUCGUCGUGAUGACCUGGAGUCGCUGAUUUACAUGCUGAUUUACUUCUUACACAGCUCCCUUCCAUGGUUGACCAGCGACAAUGAGAAGCUCUCUAGCUCUUCUAUCCUGGCAUGCAAGGUGGAUACCACCAUUAAAGUUUUGUGCCUUGGGAUUCCUUCCGAGAUCACAACUAUGCUUAUUUACUCGCGCAAUCUUGCAUUCUCAGAGGAUCCCGACUAUGACUAUCUUUGA